CUUAGCCAGUCAAUUUUGGAUAAUGUUAAGAGUUAUGUACUAAAUAGGCUAUUGAGGUUUUUUAGCACUCUAUGGUGGUCAGCAACUUUUUUGGUGUCAAGUGCCAAAAAAUAAAAAAUAAAAUUCACGGGCCUAUAUAUCACACUUUAUUAUAUUAUAUAUUAACACAGUUUCAACAAUAACACAUAAUAAUAAUAAAAAAAAUUAAAAAUAUGAAAAUACUAAUAAAUUAAUAUGACUUUUAAAUUUAGAUAAAUUGUAAUCGCAGGCAUAUUAUCGAAAUACCUUUAGGUCACCGUACGAGGCAAUGUUUGGAACAGAUAUGAGAGUUGGUUUGACUACACAUUUUCCUAGCGAAUCCGUUGAUAAAAUCAAUACUGAAGAUGAUCUAGAAAUAUUUUUAAACAAUAUCAAUGUAGAAGAAGAUGUGAAUGCAAAAAAUAAUAUUCAAGUGGUGAAUGAAGCAUCAAAGGACGAAGGGUUGUGUGACUUAAUAUCUAUAAGACAGAAAUCAAUCGAUAAUAAUAGAAAAAAUUCUGAAAUUUGUUUGAUAAAUCAAGCUGAAAAAAUGAAAUUUAGGUCUAUCCAUAAGUUUCCCUCAGCUAACGUCGGAGAUAGUGUGAGAGUCACUUUACCCGAUGUCAACAGAGGACGAGCAGACCCAAGAAAUAUUUUAUUUGCAGUUGUGGCUAUUGAGAACGAACAAUAUUAUAUACUUGGUAAUAAAUAUGGUACUUUGCCACAGUUAUAUACCAGAAACCAGUUUGGUGUUUGUCUGAUAUCAUUAAUACCGCUUGAUGAGGUGGUACCUAUAGAAAAACCAUUGAGGGAAAUUGCUGGUCUAAUAUCAGACAGUAGUGGUGGUCAAAGAUACAAAAGGUGUUCAUGCAAAGGUAAAUGUGACACCAAUCGUUGUAAGUGUAAAUCAUCUAAUAUUUUGUGUAAUUCAAAAUGUCAUGGAAGUAUGCCAUGUAAUAAUAAAUAGUAACACAUUAAUUCUAUUCUUAAAUACUAAUUAAAAAAAAAUCUUAAAAUAUAAAAUAAAAUUUAAUAUUGUAUUAUUAGUAUAAA